AUGGUUUUCUCAGCAAUGUUGACGCUGGCCCACUCUGGGACCUCAAAUGCUACUUUUAUUAUUUAUGAAAAUGCCUAUACGAAUUUUACCACUCCCCAGUUCUUGCUUCGUAGUGGCACAACACAGCCAUUGAGAUACAGUUCAGGUGCCGUGCUCACCACUGAGAGAAGUACUUUUCUGGUAAACACUACAGCUGUCCUGCCAUCGCAAGAAGUUUUCAGGAGCUUGAGUUUGCCACUCCAGAUCAUUCUUUCUGCUGCUAUGAUAUUUAUCCUACUGGUUUCUUUCCUUGGAAACUUUGUUGUCUGCCUCAUGGUCUACCAGAAGGCAGCUAUGCGAUCUGCAAUUAACAUCCUUUUAGCAAGCCUGGCUUUUGCAGACAUGUUGCUGGCAGUGCUGAACAUGCCUUUUGCUCUGAUAACAAUCAUUACCACUCAAUGGAUUUUUGGGGAUAUAUUCUGCAGAGUCUCUGCCAUGUUCUUCUGGCUUUUCGUCAUAGAGGGGGUAGCCAUUCUUCUUAUUAUUAGUAUUGACCGAUUUCUUAUCAUAGUUCAGAGGCAAGAUAAACUGAACCCUUACCGUGCAAAGAUUCUCAUUGUGAUUUCCUGGGCAGCAUCUUUUGUUGUUGCUUUUCCGUUAUCAGUAGGGAAUCCUAAUCUGCAGAUACCCUCGAGAGCACCUCAGUGUGUUUUUGGCUACUCCACGAGCCCAGGUUACCGAGCCUACGUGAUAGUUAUCUUGCUAAUUUCUUUUUUUAUUCCAUUCCUGGUAAUGCUGUAUUCUUUUAUGGGCAUACUCAACACCGUCCGCCACAAUGCAGUUCGUAUCCAUAGCCACCCUGAUAGCAUAUGCCUCAGCCAGGCCAGCAAACUUGGUCUCAUGAGCUUACAGAGACCUUUUCAGAUGAAUAUUGAUAUGAGCUUUAAAACUCGUGCCUUCACAACCAUCUUGAUUUUGUUCCUUGUCUUCAUAGUCUGUUGGGCGCCCUUCACCACUUACAGCCUUAUUGCCACAUUCAACAGCCACUUCUACUACAAGCACAACUUUUUUGAGAUAAGCACUUGGCUCCUUUGGCUCUGCUACCUCAAGUCCGCACUGAACCCACUGAUUUACUACUGGAGGAUUAAGAAGUUUCAUGAUGCAUGCUUGGACUUGAUGCCCAAAUACUUCAAGUUUUUGCCGCAGCUGCCUGGCCAUACAAGGCGGCGCAUUCGACCCAGUGCCAUCUAUGUCUGUGGGGAGCAUCGGUCGGUAGUGUGA